AUGAUUUAUGAAACCAAAGUUCUCACAAGAAGCCCUGUUCCCCAAGCUUCGGCUGGUCAGGAUAAAGUGAAAUGGAGACAUUAUAGUGGAGAAUACAAGGAUCAUUUCUCGACAAAAGCAACUUGGGAACAACUUAGAACAGUGAAUCCAAAAGUGUGGUGGCACAAGAUUGUUUGGUUCUCUCAUGCUAUUCCUCGACAUAGCUUUAUCACUUGGCCUGCCAUUAGAGAUCGCUUGUCAACUAGAGCUCGUAUGAGAACGUGGGGAUUGAAUCAUGCUUGUUUACUAUGUGGAGAAGUCGAUGAAACUAGGGAUCAUUUGUUCAUGGCUUCCCCCUAUUCGUUCACCAUCUGGAAUUGGCUAUGUUGUGGCUUACCAGGAAGGAGGAUACCCAGAUUGGGAGAUCACUCUUCGGUCCAUUACUCGGCAGAACAUUGGGAUGACUCUCUGCUGCACCGCUUAGCACUUCAAGCCAUUGUCUAUGGCAUUUGGAGAGAAAGAAACAACAGAAGACAUCAACAACCUCCUCGAUCUGUCCUUCUACUUACAAGAACAAUUGAUAAAGAUAUGCAAAACCGACUGCAAGCUAUCUACCAUGGAGACGAGAGUCGUUUGACUGAAGUGACGCAGCGCUGGUCAAGAUCAACAAGCAUCCCAAGCUGA